AUGUCUGCCGACUUUGAUUCGCUUCCUCCUGAAAUUACGCUGGAAGUAUUAUCGUUUUUGGACACUAAAAGCCUUUGUAAUGUUUCCGAGACUUGCAAGAGAUGGCACGAUAUUAUUUACAACACGGAUCUUUUGUGGAUAAGAAGGUGUAAAUCGUUGGAUCGAAAGGAUGUUAAGGAAGAUAUUCAAAACGGUGAAUGGCGAAACAUUUUCAUCAGCAACUACGGUACAAACAAGAUUAAAAAACUUUGGUUAGAGGGUAAAUUCAGCAAAGCGAAAUCUGUGGAUGAACUUCCCUGCAAUUUCCUUGGCCCUUUUAACGUCGAAACUUGGGGUUCUAUAUUAGAUGCUGAAAUAUCUAGAAGCGGCUGA